AUGGAGGUACCACCCACAUUCUCCUUCGUGAGCUAUGACAAUCACCGAGUCCCCCAGGAUCCCAAGUCGCGCACCUUGAUCCGCCGCCAUGCCAUGAGAGAUGUGGCCACCACAAGGAAACAAAGGAAAAAUUAUCGUGGAAAUGUCAUUCAAUAUCCAGAAUCAGUAUUAUGCGGGGACGACAAAGAAAGUGCCCGUCCGGUAGACGACAAUACACAAACCACGAAGCAGCAAAUCGCACGCUUCCAUACAAUAUUUGUUAAUGACAUUGAACGGAAAAUGAACGCGGGGUUCCCCAUCUUGGAACUGAUAGCCCCCUUAACAAGUCUGCAUCUCGGAUUCGCCAGCAUCACCUGCUUCACCUCCGAGUCUGGACGGGCUGGAGAUGUGCUCUCUUCAUCACCACUGUCGCAUCUUCAGAGUCGAGGGCUACUAUCCUACUUGCCGAGUCGAUAUGGAAAGGUCGCUGCCUUGACUUACACCGUCGAUUGCCUUGUGGCGAGAUUGAACCAGAUUACGCGGAACUCGGUUACGAACGGUGGUAGUUCUGAUGAAGAAGAUGGAAUAGUGUUUCGUCACUACGCCAAGGCUCUUAAGGAAAUCCAGAAAGCAAUCGAUGACGAUGCACUUCGAACAUCUCAGGAGACGCUGUACGCCACGGAAUUGCUUGGAAUCUUUGAGCUUCUAAGUCCUCAACCAGAGAUAAAAUCUUGGAUAUGUCAUGCUGGAGGUGCGGCACGGCUGAUUCAGCUUCGCGGCCCCGACGGAUUCAAGACAGACUUUGAACUGGCUUUGUUCAUGGCACACAUUGGCCCGAUAGUCACCGAAGCUUUUCUUAACAACAAGCUCUGUUUCCUGGCCGAAGAGCCAUGGAGAAAAGUCCUGCGCGCCGCUAUUUGUAAUGAUCCAUCAAUACCUUCAAGGCAGAGUGACCUAAUGCAUCAACUAUGGUCCAGUCUCAUUUAUGGGCCAAAUAUAUUUAAAUUGGUCACAGAUUUGGUCCUGGCACCUGUCGAGCCCCCGCAGUCCAUCAUCGAAACGUCAAUCAAGCGUAUCCAGCGAGACCUGGAUCAUUUGAACAUGUGGGCAGACUUGCUACAAGAUCAGCAGUCUGCAGUAGAAAAGUAUUCCCCGAAAAGCAAUGCCUUGUCGACAUUAAAGGAUACUCUCGAUUGGAGCUCUUCGAAGAAGUAUAUGCCAUGGCAGAUCUUGCGGGGAACUCAUGCCAUGUGCAGUAUUCUAAAGAGGCGACUGCUGAAUUCCCUUGCACCAUCUCGCUAUCCUCACAUUGAGUUGGAGUGUCAGUCGUUGGCUAGGCUGGCCAUGGGGUCGGAUUCCGACUCAGCUACUGCCAUCAAGGAAAACGAUCUUCCAAGAGGACUAUUUAUGGCGCAAACAGUCUGGGUGGCCAGAGCUGUCAUCAAUACCAAGAGUAUAUGGUAUGGAAAUGGGACAGGAAUAGACGAGGUGGGAGUACAAAACGGGUCGCAAAGGUCAAUGAUUGAGAAGUGGAAGUUUAGGCUUUGGUGUAAAGAGCUUGGUAGAACAGGGAUAUAA